ACAUUACUGGUAUGUCAUUAAUGGAACAUUCUCUAAUGGCUUCUUCCUCAUCCAUUUCUUCGUCAGUACCGGUCCAGGAAACUGAAGUACAAGUAGAGAAUCAACAAGAUCAUCAGCAACAGCAGAACAGAAAUGUUUCUUCUGUUCGAAUAAGUUUUACGAUGAUAAGUGAUUGGUCAUCGUUGGACAUUAUGGAUGAUGUUUGGUCAUGCAUAAUCAUUCUCCUUGUUUGCUGGUUCUUAGCAGUAUCUGUAAUGGUGGUUGUGGGAUUCUAUGGGGCAAUGGAUUUGCCAAUUAGCCCGAAUUUCUCACGUUUACUAGCGGCGAAUCCGUUGUUUGUCAGUGAAAUCGAGGUAUAUGAAGUGACUGGUUCAAAGCAAAGUCCAGUUCUAUAUGGAUUUUACAAUCCUCCUCCACUUGAUCUAGAGACAAAUUGGUCUGAAAGUUUCCACACAUCUAUACCAGCUUAUUCACAUAAGGAGUGGAUAUAUUAUCUGAACCCAGGAUCUGAGGUGGAUAUUAUGUAUAGCGCGAAAUCUCUGGACUCUUCUCCACUGUUCAUUGUGAUUGCCGAAGGUGAGAAAGACCUUGUGGAAUGGAUUGAGGACCCAUCAUAUCCUAACACCACAUUAUCGUGGAGUAUCAUUCAAGGAAGUGGUAGGAUUCAGCAGAAAGUUUUCAGAUCUUCCUAUUACUAUGUUGCAGUGGCUAACAUUAAUCCAGAGCCAGCUGAGGUGCAGUUGAACAUCAGUAUACAGGCUUUCUUGUAUAAUACAUCCAAGGCAUAUUACAAGUGUUCCCUGAAUGAAAGUUUAUGUGGUUUGAAGCUUUUUCCCUUUAAACAAAAUGUGGCUAUUCUAUCUUCUCCUGGUCGACAACAGGGUACUCCACCAGAAGAUUGGUUUGUCAAAGUGUCAUAUGAGCCACGAUGGAUUACAUAUUUUCUUGGUUCAGGUGCAAUGACAUUGAUCUUCUUUCUCAUAUACAAGGUAUGUGCUAAGUUCCUAAACAGCAGCCAAAAUGGUUCUGAUAAUGAGAGAACCCCAUUGCUGGGACAAAAAGAUGAUGAUAUAUUGAGUUUGGGUUCUUCCUAUGAUUCUGUAUCUCAUGAUGAGGAAUUCGAAGACCCCCUCCCUUUGGGUUCCACUGAAGGAAAACAACUAAAAGAAGGAGAGACUGAAAAUCCUCAUCAUCUCUGUCUGGUUUGCUCUGAUACUGCAAGGGACAGUUUUUUCCUUCCAUGUGGACACUGUGCUACAUGCUAUACAUGUGGAACAAGGAUUAUAGAGGAGGCAGGAGUUUGUCCUGUAUGUCGCAGAAAAAUGAAGAAAUUGAGGAGGAUAAUUGCAGUUUGAGUAGUACAGGUUCCUGGGGAGAUGUUUGUCAUUGCCAAUCAGACUUGCCUGGAAGAAAACCCAUAUCCCAUUUGUGGAUUACGAUAUCUCUAUAUCAUGCUAACUACUUACUUACUUACUUACUUACAUUAACUAUGGGUGCCAAAGCUGUGGGUUUCUUCUACCUAAUGGUUUAUCCAAAUGAAACAAAGCCUUGCAUAGUACUACUGAAAAUUAUGGCUCAGCAACUAAUAGUACGGUGGUGUCUAUGAGUGUAACUCACAUUAUCCCAUCUAUAUGCAAAGUGCUUGUCUACUUGCUUGCU